UUCAUCCCAAAAAGAUCAAAUUUGGGUUCUCAUUUCUAGAUCUAUUGUUCAUCUUCCAGUGGUUUGCAUAUAACAACAGAAGGUACUGGAAUGCUAUAAUGCUACUGCCUGAAAAUAUUUCAGAAUUCAAGUUUGUAUCUUUCAUGAGAAUAUGUCAUAUUGCUUGCUUUUUAAAACUCUUACUUUUCUGCUUUCUUCCUAGUCUCUCAAAUACUCUGUUUCAAAUUAUGGACUGAACCGACUCUAACCUGAUUUUAUUGAGAAGCAGAGAAAAAUACUGCUAUAGCUAUACAUUGAAAUUUACCAGUAGUUUGACCACAGAAGAGAUCAUCUACAACAGUGUAAAUGAGUCAGAAUGGACCAGGAAGGCGGGGGUGACUUCCAGAAAACCCCUAAUUUCCAGUGGAGAAACUACAAGCUCCUUGUUGACCCCGUGCUUAAGGAUGGCCCGCACAAGAUCUACCGCUAUGAUGGGGUGCAUUUCAGCACUAACGAUUCAGGUCAUGCUCCUGUGAAAGUUGUGCAGGAUCCGAGACACAGAAAAUGGUCCAAAACCAGAGAUCUUUCUCUUCCUGUUCCAAAGUUUAAGCUAGAUGAGUUCUAUGUGGGCCAGAUCCCUCUGAAGGAGGUGACUUUUGCCCGGCUCAAUGACAACAUCAAGGAGUCCUUCCUGUGUGAGAUGUGCAAAAAAUAUGGAGACAUUGAGGAGAUUGAGAUUCUGUAUAAUCCAAAGAACGGCAAGCACCUGGGCCUGGCCAAGGUGCUCUUCACCAGCACAAGAGGGGCAAAGGAGACAGUCAAGAACCUGCACAAUACUUCAGUCAUGGGCAACAUCAUCCAUGCCCAACUUGACAUCAAAGGUCAACAACGUAUGAAAUAUUAUGAACUGAUUGUGAAUGGCUCUUUCACACCUCAGACUGUCCCCACUGGAAGCAAAAUGCUGAAUGAAAAGUUCUCAGCUGAUUCGUCAGAGUCCCGAAGACAUCAUUCGACCAAUUCAUCGUACCCCAGUAACGCAAUGCCUUCGACGCCUGGCAACGGCACCCCUUGUUCUCAGGACACUCCGUACUCCAGUGGCCGACAAGACACACCUUCUUCGUAUGGCCAGUAUACGCCACAGUCCCAGGGGACUCCGUAUACCCCUCGGGGGGGAACACCGUAUUCCCAGGAUUCUGCCUAUUCUAGCAGGCAAGGGACCCCAGGCUACUCAAGCUACCAGCCAGAGUCAACGUCGUACAAAUCCUCCCGGCAUGAGAACAGCUUUUCAGACUCAUAUUUCCGCCGGCACUAUACUUCCUCCUCCUCAUCCUCCUCAUCCUCCUCAUCCUCCUCCACUCACUACCGCAGCAACGACCAUCACUACCCCUCUUACAGUCAACAGUUUGGCGGCGGCAGCGCUGCCACAACCAGUAGUAGCCGAUACCAGCGCCUCUCAUCCACUUCGGGGCGGUCUUCCUCCUCCUCCUCCUCCUCCUCCUCCUCUCACCGCUCUCACUCAAGAGAGGACUCCGGCUUCCAUUCCCGACACAGGGAACGCUCUCAACGGGAUGACUCUACUCUCUCGUCCACAGCAACUACCACUGCUCCUUCCACCUGCACCGUCACCGCCGCUUGCUCCUCCUCGGUGACAACGGUAUCCGAGAGCGUUCAGUUCCAGAACAGUCACAGCUUUGCCCCGCAAGGCGUGGAGCAUUUCCCAGCACCCAGCGUGCUCUACCCGCCUUUUGCAGCCACUCCGGAGCCCUUCUCCGUGCCUGCAGAACCCCACGCUGUGGAUCAGGAUUACCGGCUGCUCCCCACGGCAGAAACGUUUGCGGCCAACUCCCUGCCUCCCACUGAAUUUCUCGCUCAGGAAACUAAAGAGAACAUCAGCCCGGCAGUGACAGUAGCCCUCGGGGUCGAUGACCCAUCCCAUUCUCCUGCUGUGCAGACCUCACCGGCCCGAUCUGGUUCCCCUGCCCCUGAGACUACCAAUGAGAGUGUACCCUUUGCCCAGCACAGCAGCUUGGACUCCCGCAUUGAGAUGCUGCUGAAGGAGCAGCGGUCCAAGUUUUCCUUUCUCAGUUCGGACACAGAAGAGGAGGAGGAAGAGAAAGGGGGGUCGAAGGGAGCAGAGCCACAUGGGCCCUGCACCCCCCCGCCCCCUCUUCCAGUCAGCUUUGAAGAUGUGGUGCCAGCCCUGGAUGUGGGACCAGGAGAUGAAUCCCCUAAGGCUAAUGGGCAGGACAGAGCAUCUCAGCAGUCUUCCGGUGAAGACAUGGAAAUCUCCGAAGAUGAAGCUGAAGUUGAGCCUCCAACUCCCGUGGCAGGGGUGUCUGAUCCACAUUUUUCUGUGAUGCCAUCAGUUCUGGGCCACAUGCAGUUGGGGGUGUCCUCCUUUACUUCCCACCAUCGGCCAGAACCACCCCCCUCUUAUCCAAUACAGCCUCUCAUGUCUGUCUCCCUCCCUCAUCUAGCGGGUAAAACCCACUCACUCUCCAAUUUUGGCCAAGUUGGUCCCCGGCACGGUCAUCGCCUGUCAGAUUUCAGAGGACGGGCAAGUGUGGUGGGUGGAGGCCGUGGUGCCCCCCACAUCUAUGACUUUGUCAACUCCAUGGAGCUCAUGAACAGACUUGGCAACCAGUGGGGUGGGAUGCCCAUGUCUUUCCAGAUGCAGACCCAGAUGCUGAGCCGCCUUCAGCAGCUGCGUCAGAACAAAGGCCAGUAUGAGGACCCUUUCUCCUACCACCGGGAGACGGCUUCUUUCUGUGGUCGGCCUCUGUACGGUCCUGGGUACUUACUGGAACAGGGGAGUCACCCCUUUUCGAGAGACCAGCUUUUCAUGCAGCAGCCCUCGGCGGUUGGGGCCUCAGAGCAGCAGCAGCAGCAACAUUCCUCAGAGCAACCGCCUCUGCCACCUCCACAGCGGCUGCUUGAUUUCCAGACAGCUGCGUGGGGCUAUCAGGACGAGGAGGCUCCGCUUCCACCGCUUCCUGAGGAUCCGCAUGCCUCUGUCGUGGACAGCGUUCUCGCCACCCUCAUGCAGGAGAUGAAGAGCAUCAUGCAGCGAGACCUCAAUCGCAAGAUGGUUGAGAACGUGGCUUUCAGCACCUUUGACAAGUGGUGGGAGUGCAAAGAGGAAAAGGCCAAGCCUUUCCAGAACACUGUUAAACAGCCAGCCAAGGAAGAGGAGAAGGACAAAACCAAGCUGAAAGAUCCUGCCCUUCUGUCUCUAGUGGAUUGGGCCAAGAGCGGUGGGACUGGUGGCCUGGAGGGCUUUGGCUUCAGGACCGGCUUCCGAGGAGUCCUCGGGCUCCCCUCCUUCAAGGUGAAGAGGAAAGAGCCCUCUGAAAUCUCGGAGUGCAGCGAGGUGAAGCAGCCCCGCCCUUCCACUCCUGCCGAGGAGGACGAGGAAGAUAAAAAAUCCUUACAGAUGCCCAAGACCUCCAAGAGGGACGAUGAACGGAUCAAAGGUCCAGGAAAACGGCGAAAACUUUUUUGUCUGGACAGCGAAGGGGAGGAGGCGUCUGAGGACUCCUCCUCAGAGAAGGAGGAGGAGGAAGAGCGGCAGAGAGAGGAAGAUGAACAAGGGGCCAGAGAACGCAGGAGAAAGAGGGAACAAUCUGAAGAUGGUGAUAGCGAUGGUUCAUCAAAGUAUUCAGUUUUUGAGGAGUCUGAUGAAGACAGCGACAGCACUUCUGAUUCAGAAAGCAGCUCUUCUUCCUCAUCUUCCUUGUCAUCGUCGUCAUCGUCGUCAUCUGAUGAGGAGGAGGUUGAGAGCAUGGAGGAAAUUGACGAUUCUGCUACAGACAUCCAUCCAUCCGAGUCAUUGGGAGGCAUGGAAGAGAGAAUAUGGCCAGGAACUGAUACUGAGAUGGGCAGGAAGAAGCCAGAAUCAGUUCUGCUUCGAGGCCGUGUUGUUGAGGAGAAGCCUACUCCUCAGAAUGAUACUUUGCUAGUCCCACCAAUAGAAGAGAAGAGCAUCUGGACAGCACCAGGAGAGCGAACGCGGCAAGAAGAGCGACCCUCCUCGCCCAUUCCACUUCUGCCGCCACCCAAGAAACGCCGGAAAACGGUCUCCUUCUCAGCUCCUGGUGAGGAUGAAGGGACCUUGGAGAAGCCACUUGAAUUGGCACCUUUGGCUUUUCUAGCCCCACCACCCCCACCUCCUCCUUCUGUCACCACAGAGGAAGCACAGACUCCAUUGGUGCCUGUGGAGCCCAUGCCACCACCCCAAGUGUCCUUAACCUCAGAUGCCCCAGUCCCGAUUACCUGCCCCCUGCCUCCCAUGGCUUCCCCAGCAAAGCUAGCGGCUGCUGCCAGCCGCAGGCGGGAGCCCCCAAAAGUCAGUCAAAGAACAAUCAGCAACCUGCCGGCAGACCAUGCUUCUCUCGUGAAAUGUUGGUCAGAGGAUAUGCCAGUUGGUCGGUCCCGAAGCCGUUCUCGCUCCCGAAGCUCAGAACACUUGAGGGUACCGCAGCCCCCAGAGGAAGAUAGGCUGCACAUGCGUGAGCAAAUGGGAGCUUCCUCGCUACUGGAGUUGGCCAAUCAGCCUGACCUGGCCGUGUUAGCAGAUGUGGCUCUCAAGAUGCCUGCUGUUGCAGGCAGUGAAGAUUCGGAGGAGACCUCAGAUGAGGCUGAGGAGCCAAAGCGUCUGCUUUUGCCUGCUGCGUUAUCCCUUGAAGUCAGCGGCAUCCUGAUGGAGCAUAACUAUGCCAUGGCAGUCCGUGCAGCACCCGUAACUGUCCCCCGGAAACAAGAUGAGACAGCACUGCUUGGUUCUACUGACCUGUUGCAGAUGGACUUGUAUAGCGAGCACAUUGGUGAGGUUCUGGAGGCUCCUGAGGAGAUAGUGGCAGAUGCCAGUGAAGCCAGAACUGAAUCUGAGGUGGGUGACCUUGUCGCACUGCCCCCUCCACCUCCCCAACCCAUUGAAAAGCCUAAGGUACCUGUCCCAGACCAGCAGCAGCCACAGACAAAGAAACCUCCACAUUGGCUAAAGGAGGAGGCCAUAAAGGAUCCAGGAGCAUUGCCUUUUGGCCCAGAGAAUCUGUUCCCUUCUGAGAGUGAGGAGGAGGAGGAAGAGGAUGAAGAGAGCUUUGACAGCAGUGAUGAAGGGGAGAUUCGUAGGAGAUCUCUGCGCUCUCAUUCACAUAAGCACACCCCAGCCCAGCCACCACCUCCACCCCCAGUCUUUGAGACACGCAGUGAAUUUGAACAGAUGACAAUCUUGUAUGACAUCUGGAAUUCGGGGCUAGAUUUGGAGGACAUGAAAUACUUGCGGCUGAUGUACGAGCGCUUGCUGCAUGAGGACAAUAGCACCGACUGGCUAAAUGACACCCACUGGGUCCAGCACACCAUCACAAACAUUGCAAAUCCCAAGCGGAAGAGGAAGUCAUCCGACCUGCGGGAACAUCAAACAGGCUGUGCCCGCAGCGAGGGCUACUACCACAUCAGCAAGAAGGAGAAGGAUAAAUACCUCGACAUGUGCCCAGUCACGGUGCAGCAGCUGGACACCGCUGAUACGCAGGGCACCAACCGCAUCUUGUCAGAACGACGAUCUGAGCAAAGGCGUCUGCUGAGUGCCAUUGGCACCUCUGCCAUCCUCGAUAGUGACCUGCUGAAACUUAACCAGCUGAAGUUCCGGAAGAAGAAACUCCGGUUUGGACGGAGUCGAAUUCACGAGUGGGGCCUGUUUGCCAUGGAGCCAAUCGCUGCGGAUGAAAUGGUCAUUGAAUACGUGGGCCAGAACAUCCGUCAGAUGGUGGCAGACAUGCGUGAGAAGCGGUACGCCCAGGAGGGUAUCGGGAGCAGCUAUCUUUUCCGCGUGGACCAUGACACAAUCAUCGAUGCUACCAAGUGCGGCAACCUUGCUCGUUUCAUCAAUCAUUGCUGCACGCCCAACUGCUAUGCCAAAGUCAUCACGAUAGAGUCCCAGAAGAAGAUCGUUAUCUACUCCAAGCAGCCCAUCAGCAUCAAUGAGGAGAUCACAUAUGACUACAAGUUCCCAAUUGAAGAGAACAAGAUUCCCUGCUUGUGUGGCACAGAGAAUUGUCGGGGGACCCUGAACUGAAACUGAAGCCUGGCAUUCCUAUUUAUUUUGUUGGCUCACCCCAUUUUCCACCAGUAGUUUAGCAUCUCUUCCCAUAGAUUUGCAGUGGGAAAGUUCUCAGUCGCCUUAAGACCCAUCUGGAAUCCUUUAGAAGUUUUCCAUUUGCCUCUCCUCAGGUUCUAAUCAGUGAGAAAUUUCCUUUUCUUCCAGUCAGUCGGAAGUGGUUCUCUCCUCUUUUACUCUGGUGUUUCUGUCAUUUUUGGUCCAACCCCAAAUUCCAGUGGAAAAAUCAUUUAAUGAAAGCAGGUAGCAGUUAAAUACCUCUCCCCCCUUGGAUUAAGAACAUCUUUCAUCUUAGUUGCUUAAUAGUCAGUUCUGCUUUUAAAUUUGGUGAAAAGUUUGAGCCUGCACUGAAGGGUAUGGUAAACAGAAUUGAUCGCCUUCAGUUUAAGGAUCUGCAGCAUGCUGAGGUCGGUUAAUAAAACGGUAAAAAUUGCAAGCUCUAAGAAAAACACACAAAGAAUUUUGAGGCCAUUUCAGUGCUUGGUGUCUUGAAAGGCAUAAAUGUGAAUGGUACACAUAGCUAAGAGUUGAUGAACCUUGAAAUUCCAUAGUUGAGCUUUCUAACAGUUGGAUUCUUUUAUAAAAGAUUAUGGGCUUAUCAAGGUAUAUAUGAGAACAGUUCUGGAAGCAAAUCCUUUCCUAAGUGGACUUGGUUCUGACAUUCAGAGCAUUCCCUGAACCUUUGCUAGAUAUAGCCAAGAUUACCCAGGGAUUGUCACUUUCCAGUUUCAUUUGGCUAUGCUUUUUACCAUGAGCAAAGGUUUGAACUUUCUGGCUUCAGAUGAUUAUUCCUAAUUCCAUCCUGGCAUUUAUUCUUCCCACCAAGCACUUAAGGCUACAGUAGCAAAGAUUCUGAAAAGUAAUUGGGUGGUGUCACUCCCUUUCCUUGUGUUGUGUCUCUGCCUUGCAACAGGUAUUAAGAAGGAGGGAAAAAAGACCUGAACCUGCAUGGUUAAUGGAGCUGUUCCUUUGCUACAGUUACGGCUUCAACCAUCUGGCUCAUAGCAUAAGCUAAGACCUUAUCCCAACCCACCCUGCCCCAAUAUUUUUUUCUUAGGAGAAGAAAGUUGUGUAUAUAUCUAGUCCAGAUGGAUUGGCUGUUUCUUGUAGAAACACACGUUUAUUGGUAUGUAAAUAUUUUAUUUUUGUUUUCCACUUCAUACUGAAAAGAAAGCUGUAAAUAAUGUUUCAUUGUAUUUCCUUCUCCUGUUUUUACCUAUAUUUGCAUCGUGCCACCUUUUUCUUUUAAUGCAACAUGGGAUGUUUUUUUUCUUAUCCUGGAGAAAAAUUGUAACCUUUUGGAUGGGGUAUUGGAGGUCAAAAAAGCAUAUCUCUUCAACCUUCUAAAUGGGAGUCAGUUCAAACAGAAGACUUUAGGGAUAUAGAACUAUUUUAGCAGGAUUUACAUUUUCUAAAACAUUCUCACCAUUCUGUUUGUGUUGUGUGUGUGUGUUUCUAAACUGCUGUACUGAGAUGGCAAUUCUGUUGAGGGCACUUCCUUUCUCACGUGUAUUUCUCUCCAUGGGCUGCCUAGAGUUGAGGUCUAUUGAAUGGCUUCCAGCUUCCAUAAACUGAAUGUCUGAACAUACAUGGCACAGAGAAUUACACAUUCUCUGCACACUCUGCUUUAAUAGUGGGAACAUAAGUGGGAAAGAGGGAUGCUUUUAGGAUAAGGGUGGGAUGCCCAAAUCCUUGCUGCUCUUCCAUGGCAUGCUGUAACCCACACAAACAAAACAGGAAAUCACUGAGGAGAGGAGAGGAUGCCUUCUCCAGGCCGUGGGGAAAGCGGAAUAGAGCAGAACAGGAAAACUGUGAAAGGCAUUCUCCUGUUGACAUCACAGGCCAAUCACAUGGCUGGGAUGAGCGCUACCCAACAACACCCACUGGGUUGUGCUGCUUCCAAAGGUAGACCUGCGUGUUGUGUUAGCAAGUAUGGCUUGUCAGCUCUCCAUAGCCCGCCCUUUUUGGCUCUUCCCCCACCCCCAGUAACCUGUUAGUGGAGAUGAACCUGUUUAGGUAGUGAGAGUAGCAGUGGUAGAUGAGAGUUUAAGCAUCUCCCAUUCAGCUCUUCUUCCUGAAAAUGGCUCCUUUCUCACGUUUUUAUUAUUUAGUAAAUAAGUUGGGGACAUAGUUCUAAUUAAAACUUAUUUCAGCAUUUGAAGGCUAAUGAGGGUACAGUUAAACGGCAUCUUCUCACUGGACUGUAUGUUAAUCAGCUGUUUUACACUGAAGGUGUCUUUGUAUAUUGUUUUGGUGGAGGUGACUUCUGCUCAUGCUUGGCUUGGGGCCCUUGGAGGAGAAACCCUCGGCAUCUCGGCAUCUUUUCGCAUCUGUUUCUUUCCCAGAAAGCGUGAGAUAAUACAGUUUGCACCGCCUUGAAAAGAUAGUUUGGGGUCUUAAUUUUGACGUUUUUGACAUUGAGACCGUUAGUCUUAACCAACUAAAGAAGUGGGAGAAAACCCAUUUCGCUUUGUGGGCUGCACUGAGCUUAAGAGGCCAAAGGAAAUUUUGGGGGGGUUGGAAUUUGAAUUUGCAGUUGUUUUCUGAGAAGUGGAAGCCCUGCACAGACUUGCCAAACUCAGCGGUGUAACUGUUGUUUCUCACUUCAUGUGGUUUUGUUAUCUGCAUUUUCCCCCUUGCAAUACUCCUACAUGCUGAAAAUAAUAAGGAAGUCGCAGUAACCCAUUUUAGCAAGGAGAAGUGGAAAGGCUGAAUCACCUGAGAAAGAGCAGGGACGAAUGCGGAGUAAUAGUGUAAACACACAUACAAAUAGGUAGCUUGAUGGUUGUCUUGGUCCUAAGCGGCCAAUCUCUCUGGGUCCUGGCUUGCCCCUGAGGGCUGACUCUGGUAUCACAUUCUGUAAUAGUGGAAUUCAUUGUGUUGCUUUGAUUUAACUACAUCCUUCCAGAUCUUGUGUCUGGGUGAGAUCUGGCCUUCUGACUGGCCCUGGGAAUUUUACCGAGAAACAUUGCCAGCCAUUUCCCCCUUUACAGCCUAUUACUUUCCAAAUGUGAUUUUCCUCGACUCAGAUGGUUGUGCACUUGUACUAGGGCCAAACGUAACCUACGUGAUUAAAUUGUGAAUUAAAGCGGUUGUGGUUGCAAUAACCCAUUCCAUCUAGCCCCUCCCUCAGUCAUCCCUCCAGUCACUGUGUAAGCUGACAAAAUUCUGGCUUGCUCUGUGAUGCUUAUCUCCGGGUUUUUGUUAUAGAUACCCAUCCAUGGGCCAGUCUGUUUUGAACAUCAUUGUCUGAAAGGUCCCAUGGAGUUAGGAUCCUCAAACUCCUGCUGAAUUGUGCAGCGUUAGAUGAAGCCCUGAUAAGUUCUAGCUUUUGCUUGAAACUUUGGCAAGAUGAUGUCAGGUUACUGUUACUCUGCUAAUUCCACAGAAUGCUGCCUUACACACAUUCCUUUAGCAUUUAAAAAGCUUAGUCGCACAAUUUUUCUAAAUUGUUUUGGAGACAUGUUUUGGGGGAAAAAAACUGACUAAAUUGCAGCAAAUUGUCAUGACGCAUCAAACUUCUGCUUUUUAUUGUGUUUAAAUAUUUUCCUUUGAAACUUUUGCAUCACAAGGGCCACACGAUCCUGAAUUCCUAUGCUUUGGGAAAAGUUGAGCUUUUUUAAGAAUAUGCCUCCCUUUAUUUUAGACUUGCAGGUUAAAAACCUCUUAGCAGGGAUAGCCAGAGGGUUACAGCUGGGAACCAUUAUUUACUUUGCAUCAGUAAGAAUAUGCUAAAGAAUACUGCUCAGUGGGUUUUAUGCCAAUAUUUCAUCACCUUCGUUUAUUUUUUAAUUUUUCAAAUAGCAACGUCCAGUUGUGUUCUUCAGUCCUGCAAAAACAACCCCCGCUAUCUGUUUCUAUGCACAUUCUGGCACGACUGUUCCAGAUGCUCCGUUUAUUUAUGAAUGGUGGCCAGUUUUUUGGAUUGAUCAUGUACCUACAAUAGUCUUCCUAUUAUCAAGAAAUGUCAUCCUGCACCCACCUCCCCCCCCCCCAAAUUUAAUUACAUGUGCACAUUUUUAAAUUAGUUGCAGGAAGUUUUCAUUUACCCUCACCUGUUCAUUGUGAAAGAUAGACCUUUUGGUUCCACUGUGUUUCCCUUCUCAUCAAAAAACGACAUUGCUUCAAUUGAUCCAUACAGUCACCUCCACAAUGGUUAUAUCCUGCUUCCAAUUCAGCUGCAUACCUCCCAAUAGGACGGAUGAGAUACUUUUAAAUUUUAAAUAAAGCAAUGAAACCUGUGUAAAUUACUCUACGUGCUUUAACAAAACCCAGAAUUGGGUUUUCUUUUUCCCUCUCUUCCACACCUGACUCCUUGCCAGCUUGUAAAGCUGAAUGUUUUGAAAUUACUCAUUUUUCUUUAUAUGUGGGUUUUUUUUUUCCUGUGUACAUAUAUGUAAAAAGGAAACAAGGAAAAAAAAAGAUAUACAAAAAAAAAAAUUUAUACCAGAGAGGGUUAUGCUAUUUAAUCUUCUCUAGCAGCAACGGCAGCUUGCCAAGAGUUUUUGUGUUUUAACACAAGGAUGGAAAUGUACGGACGUGGAUGGAUAGAUACCCCCCCCCCUUUCCUAGCUGCCCAGUGGAUGGAUGUUUUUUUAAUUUGCGUACCUAUUCUUCUGUCUAUAUAAAUAUUAUAUAUAUAGAUAUAUAUAAAUAUAUAAAUAUAUUUUCGUUUGAUCUUACUGGCUUCCUACUUGUAAAUAUGUUAAUAAUUUGUGGAUUCAUUACUUGGUGCCAGAUAGCACAUUUUUAUAAAAGUCAUUAAACUUUUAUUGUACAAA